UUCGUGUGUACACUAGUGUCUCUCCACUCUGUGAUCUGUUAACAUUAUUUCUCUACUUGUUGAUAUUUUCUUUAUUGGAUUUAAUGAAAAAAAUAAGCGGACGAGUGGUCGUGUUUCUUCAGUCGUCACAGACCCACAGUGAAUAGAUCAGCUGAUAGAAGUCAGUCUACCCGAUACAUGAACAUGGAGCAAGAUACCUGAUAUUCAUUUCAUUCACACGACAAGGCGUGAUUUAUAACGGAAUGCCCUUCUAAAUUGAAUACUAUUUUGAAGUAAAAUAUUCUUAAAGGGAAAUACAGCAGAGUGAAGACGGAUAUUUUUGUUUUCUAGUUUUUGGAAGUUUUUGUGCCUCAGUUUGACACAAGUAUGAACAAAAUGAAGCUUGGCAACUUAUUUUACGUGUUUUCUCUCAUUGGUGUUUUAUUUUUUGUGGAUUCCAACAACGCUAAAUCGCAACGUUCAAAGUCUGUUAAAGGAUGCAGAUGUCGUAAAUUUUACAAACACAUCACAAGUGAUAUAGAUUCAAAAUUCCGGUCCCUAGAGAAGAAACUAAUGCUACAUAUGUCCGCCUCUGAUCGAGUUCUUAAUUCUACAGGAUCCUAUAGGGAACUAGAUACAAAAAUGGGACGAUUAAGGGGAGAAGUUAUCCACACGAAAAAAGCAUUGAAUUCGGAGACAGAAACCCUACAAAGACUUAAAGAACAAAUUCGAUCUCAAAAGAAAAGCAUGGAAAACAUAGAUAAUCACUUUGUUCUUUUAGAGGAUGUUGUUAAAAACUUGACGGAAGUGAUAGGGAGACUGGGUAAUCUGGCCCCGUCCAUAGCUGUACACCGGACUGUAACGGAAAUACUGACGACACCGACACCAACCGUCCAAGUAAAAACAACCACGGAGCCUGUUAGGGCCUACCCCAGACAUUGCCAUGAUGUAUACAAACAUGGUGGACUUCGUUUCCAGGGAGAUUACUACAUCAUGCUACAGCCAGAAAAAUCCAAGAAACCUUUUAAAGUUGUCUGUAAAUCCAUAAACAAUACAGGAGGUUGGACUGUGAUUCAGAGACGCCAAGACGGCUCAGUAAAUUUUUACAGAGACUGGAAGACGUACAAAACCGGAUUCGGGUCUCUUUCCGGAGAAUUCUGGAUGGGGAACGACAAAAUCUACGAGCUUACUAACCAAGGACCUUUCCAGUUGCGUAUAGAUAUGGAGGACUUUGAUGGCAGGAAGUACUAUGCGGUCUACAAUUACUUCCGGAUUGACGACGAGUCCGAAAAUUACAAACUCCACGUGCGAGGUUACCAUGGCAACUCUGGAGAUUCUAUGACAUCAGUGCGGGACAACCACAAUGGAAAUAUGUUCAGUACCCACGACCGUGACAACGAUAGACGAGGGUACAACAACUGCGCCCGCCAUUACAGGGGCGGAUGGUGGUACUCGGAUUGCUAUGACUCUAAUCUUAACGGACAAUAUUAUCCACAGGGUAAACACAUCAACUUUUUUAACCGCGAUGGCAUUCACUGGAAUAGCAUUAAUAUGAGCUCAUCAUUGAAGUUUGUGGAGAUGUCUGUGCGGCCAGCAGACGACAAAUCGUCAGAAAAUAAGGUGUAAUGUUCUUGGUUUGACAGCGCAUGCUCAAAGCCUUUUACAGAGGUGCUUAUCGUUGGAAAUACGUGAUUGCUAGUCAGAUUUUUCAUGAAUAAACAAUUGAUGCCAUUCAUGAAAGAGACACAGGAAAACAUAAUACUCAAUAAAGCAAGAAUGCUUUGGAGUUUAACAUAUUGUGAUAAUAGCCAGAUUAAGCGAAGAAACGCGGAUGGUGUUUGAAAUAAAUUACUGCGAACCUUGUUUCCUGGAAAGUUAAGACGAAAUCUCGAAGUGUUCGAGAAUGUCCGAGAUGAUUUUUCCACUGCCAGUCACUGUUUAAAAUAAUAAUAAUGUAGUUUUGCAAUAUCAGCUGCACAAAUGACAUUGUAAAUAUUACUGUAAUUCAUUCAUAUCCAUUAUUCAUUAUUUAUUUGCUAAAUAUGUACAUUUCAAUUCACGUGUUUCGAUAUGUACAUAUGUAUAUAGACGUUCAUUACAGUUUUGAAGAUUUUCCGUUUUCCAAUUAACGGAAGGUCUUGUUUUAGUAAGUUUAGUGCUAAUCUGCAUUCUGGCGCUAACAAAUGAACUUUGAAGUGUUGGACCAGGCGUUAUUAUAUCUUGUUCAGCAUAAAUUGUUACAAUUUCACAAAAACGUAUCUCGGCAUUGUUAGAAUUUUUCAUAGAGAUACAGUGUAAUAUAUUGAUAUUUAGCAAUGUCAUUACGUUGUCAUUCUUUGAUUUUUAUUUUUAUAUAAAAAAUUUAAUUGUUGGAUGGUGAUUAAAGCCUAUAUAUGUCCGUGCCUUUCCUGGUCGAUAAAGUACGGGUAGAUCGAAAUAAAGAAGAUCCCUGAUGUC